UUGAAGCAUUAGGUUAUAAAUAUUCUCUUGUCCUUGCUUAAAUUGUACUGCCUGGACCAUUUGGUUGUGGAACAUACACAUUCUGUCCAGAACUUCCCCUUAGAGUGAAAACUAAAAGCUUGAGGAAAUGGAUCCAGAGCUUUUUGAGGCAAUUGAAGGAAAUGACAAGCAGACUUUCAUCAAUUUGGUUCAACACAAUGAAGGAUUUCUCAGUCAAAAAGCUGGUGAAUCAAAAAACACUGUCUUACACCUUGCUGUGAGGUUCGGGCACGUUGAGCUGGUUUCUGAAAUCAUUAAGCUGUCCCCGGACUUGGUUGCAGUUGUGAACAAUAGACAAGAAAGUCCUUUACAUGAAGCUUGUCGGCAAGGGAUAGCCGAUGUUGUAAUGCUGCUGUUAGAGGCCAAUCCUUGGGUGGCUUGUAUGUUUAACUCUGAAAAUCAAACCCCCUUCUACAUAGCUUGCCGUUAUGGGCAUUGUGAUGUGGUGAAGUUGUUCACAGACCUACCACAGGUACGAGAUUUUGAAGAAGAUGGGGAUUCGAGUCCUCUUCACAUGCCCCUGUCACCAGGCCAUGUGGAUAUUAGUACACCACUUUUGAAUGCACUCUCAAGGCUUGCACGGAAGGCUGACAGAAAUGGAUGUUUACCAUUGCAUUUGGCUUGUGAGAAAGGUCACUUGGAGAUAACAAGAAUACUCUUACAGCUUGAUCCAAACCUUGCUCUUGAAAAGAAUCAUUCUCGUUACACGCCAUUACACUUGGCAGCAAUGAAUGGACAAACCGAAAUCCUUGAGGAACUUUGGUCCAGGUCUGCCAGAUCUUUCGAAGUUCUCACCGGAGAGGGAGAAACAGUGUUUCAUCUUGCUGCCAUGUCCAAUAGAUACAGUUCCUUUCUCUUUUUGGCACAAUCUCUUAACAGCACCAAUCUCAUCCACCGGCCAGAUGAAUGUGGAAACACCGUCUUGCAUCUAGCAGUCUCUACAAGGAACUUUAGAUUAGCAGAGUACAUCAUUGACAAAACCGAGGUGGAUAUCAAUGGUCGGAACCAUAGAGGUCUAACAGCCUAUGACAUCCUCAACCAGGAAUUUAGCAUCAUGACGGGGAACCAACAUGUUAGGUACAUGUUGAAGAGAAUUGGUGACAAAAUGGCACAAACGCCUAUUGAAUUUAACGUGCACCAAAAUGAACAUGAUUACAGAAAUGGUGUAGCCAACAACCAACCAAUGGAAGACUUCACUACAGUACAAGCAGAUAGUAAUCCCAGUCAUCAAGUAACAAUAAACUUUGGCAACCAGAUAGAUAGUCCUUCUGCACCACCAACCAAUUUGCAUCAAUCCAAGCUUGUGAAGCAAAGAGGGAAGAAAAAAAUAAGUGCAGUUAGGCAAUAUGAGAUAUAUAGAGAGGCCCUACAAAAUACCAGGAACACAAUCACACUAGUUGCCGUUUUGAUUGCAUCGGUUACUUUCACCGCUGGCAUAAACCCUCCCGGGGGUGUGUACCAGGAAGGACUACUAAAAGGACAGUCAACAAUUGGAAGAACAACUGCUUUCAAGGUCUUCACAAUAAGCAACACAGCUGCGUUGUUCUUAUCUAUGUGCAUGGUCAUUGUCUUAGUGAGCAUCAUUCCCUUCCGGCGUAAAACACUUAUGAAGCUACUGGUGGUUGCUCACAAAGCCAUGUGGGUGGCAGUGUCACUCAUGGCCACAGCUUACAUUGCAGCCACUUGGGUGAUCUUGCCACACAGUCAAGGAACAAAUUGGACCCUUGAGGCUCUCAUAUCUGUAUGUGCAGGGACUAUGGGAUCUGUUUUUCUAUUUCUUGGUGUCACAUUCACUAGACACUGGUUGAGGAAGUUACAGUGGAGGAAAGAGAGAGGUAAGGUUACCAAGGAAAGAUUGGAGAAAAGAGCGCAAAGAAGAGCACAGAAGAGGGCAGAGAAGACAGCAAAGGAAAGAGAGUGGAAAAGAGGAAUGGCGGAGAAGAGAGCAAAGGAAAGUAGAGAGGAAAAUUCGCAAGAAGGAUCAGACGAGUCAAUGUCUAUAAACUCAGAUACUGCCAGUGCUCGAGAUUCGGGAUAUCAUACGUACUGAAGAAUUGCUUAGGAGUGGGAAAUUGAUCACCUAACAGAGGAGGAUGAAGAUGUAAUCACUCUCAGCGUUUAAAAGAGUUUAGGUUCCCAUUUAGCAUAUGCUUUUGCAUAAGAUUCCUUUCUGUGUAAUUUGAUCGUUUGUGUCAAGAAAAUGUUACUAGGUAAAA